GUCUCUUGUACGUAAAUCGUAAACAAAACCCAAGUUGGUUAGUACAUGUGGUGUGUGUGCGCAAGAAUUUUGUUUCGCAUUUCUUUUAUUUUCUCUCCAUCGUGUUUGUAUGCACAUUAUUGGUUGGACUUCGACCAAUGCGUUUGGUAAAUUGAGAAUGGCAACAAAUACCGGAAAAAUUAAGGCGAUUCUCAUCGAUUUGAGUGGAACACUUCAUGUUGAUGAUGAUCCAACAUCGAAUGCUAUUCAAGCCUUGCAAAAGCUUCGGUCGAUAAACGAUAUUCAAUUGCGUUUUGUCACCAAUACGACGAAGGAAUCGAAGGAAACGCUUCUGCAGCGGCUACAUCGUAUCGGCUUUUCAUCCAUUAGCAAAGAUGAUAUGUUUACAUCGCUGUCGGCAGCAGUCCAAUAUGUGAAAACGAACGAUUUGAAACCGUUUUACUUGCUGACUGAAGAUGCGAAAAAGGAUUUCGGCGAGCAAACAACGGAAAAUUCGUCAGCAGCGACAAUGACAACAACAACAACAGCAGCAGCAACAGAAUCGAACGAUGAUGGUAACGAAAACUCGGUCGUCGUUGGAUUAGCGCCCGACAAAUUUGUUUACGAAACCAUCAAUGAAGCUUUUCGUGUGUUGAUGAAGGAGAACAGUAAAUUGAUUGCGGUUCAUGAAGGGAAAUACUUCAAGCGUGGCGAUGGUUUGGCUGUUGGACCCGGAUGUUUUACACGAGGCCUUGAAUAUGCAUCUGGUAAAACGGCCACAGUGAUUGGGAAACCAAAUCCGUAUUUCUUCAAUUGCGCCAUCCCAGAGGGAAUAUCACCGCAUGAAUGCUGCAUGAUUGGCGACGACAUCAACGACGAUAUAUUUGGAGCGCAAAAUGUUGGAAUGAAAGGAAUUUUGGUGAAAACUGGCAAAUACAUCGAUAACAUCGAGGCUAAAUAUUCGAAUAAACCAACCAAGAUUGCUGAAUCAUUUGCUGAUGCCGUUGACUGGCUCAUAAGCGAACAGUUUGUUGUUUGAUCCAAUUAAAAUCACUUUUUUCUUGUUGUUGCUGCAGCAGAUGCUGCCGCUGCUUUUCUUGUCUAUGAAUCAAAUGUCUCUAAUGAAAUUGUAGCUUAGUUAAUUAACUUUUAAUAAUGUACACGUUUGGUCAAAGUGUGGCGAUAAUUGUUUCGCGUUUUCAUUUCUGGUUUUAUGUUUUUCUGUCAUUACCAUCAAGCAUCAGCACAAAUAUAUCACGAACAAAUCGAUGAUUCAUUUACGGACUUUUAAUUGAAAAAGUGUAUGGCUCACUCACCGUCGUUGUUGUUGAAUGUACAAGCGAUAACCUUUUGAUUGUGGCCAAGAGAAAUAAACGACAAACAACAAAACUCCUUCCGUUGCUCAACCGUGCUCAACACUCUCCAUAAUCAUCAGUCGUCAGUGUGUUUAUCUCUAAUCUAAAUAUUUGUUGCCCUCAUUUGAAAUCUCCAGCAAAGCCUGGCUCUGGAAAAUUUUUAAUCAACAAUUCAUGCGUCACUAUCAAAUUGUGUACGACUUAAAAACCGUUGGUACAGCGACAACAGCCAUUCAGUUGAGAGUAAAUAGUUGAACUAUUCGAAACGAUUUGACGAAGAAAAAUUCUUGUAGUGAAAAAAUUAAAUAGAGAAAAAGAUACGAAAAGAAACGAAUAAACAGAAUUGAAAAUGGUUCUAUUCAAAGCAGUCGUACUUGGUUUGUUAGCCUGGCAAUUAGUGCUACUUUUGCGUCGUAAACGUGAAAAUUCCACCACCACGGAACCAACGUACGUAUUCAUUCCACCUGAAUCAUCGGGACCGCACAAAGACGCCGCACUACUCAAUCAACGAGGACCACCACCCAGCUACGAUAAUUCACUACCCGUUAAAUACUAAGGAAAUUGAACAACCAUCAUUCACAGAAAAGACUGCUCUGUGUAUUAUAUACAACGACGGACCAGAAAGAUGUGACAAGAGUGCGACAUGUAUUUGAACAAUAGCUGACCGGAUGUUUUUUAUUUAAAACACGAGCUACAGAAUCAACAUUCGAACUCCCAAUAAUAAAAAAAAUACAGUUCAAUAAGUUACUAUCUAGGGUCUCUUUUUUAUAUGUAUUUUUAUAGCAAUAAAUUUUGACUGAAAUAAAACUGUAACCUUCUGUACCAAAGUGUGCGUGUGUACUAUAUAA